CACGCCCUCAAACCAGAAGACGUGCCUCCUGAUUGGUGGCUGAGCAGCUCACGUGAUCGGCAAGGGGCGAGGAAAACAGCAUCAGCACUUCCUACUGCAGGGACACAGCGCUGACUGGGUAGUGGGUUCCCUCGAAACUCGGUGACCAGCUCCGGGUCAUGGCGUCCCAGGGUCCUCGGCGGAGGCCGCGGCAGAGGCCGCAGACGGCGGUGGUGCCCGGGGAGGCGGUGGAGACGGACUCGGAGCUGUCGCGGUCCUCGUCUGAGGAGGAGGAGCUGUACCUGGGACCCUCGGGCCCGAUGCGCGGCCGCCCCACGGGGCUGCGGGUGGCCGGGGAGGCCGCGGAGACCGACUCGGAGCCGGAGCCGGAGCCGGAGCCCGAGCGCAGGGCAGCGCCGCGGGACCUGCCUCCGCUCGUGGUGCAGCGGGACACGGCGGCCGGGGAGGCCUGGGGCGCGGAGGAGGCGCCGGCGCCCGCGCGCUCGCUGCUGCAACUCCGGCUGGCGGAGAGCCAGGCCCGGCUGGACCACGACGUGGCGGCCGCCGUGAGCGGCGUGUACCGGCGCGCGGGUCGCGACGUGGCCGCCCUGGCCGGCAGGCUGGCGGCGGCGCAGGCAGCGGGCUUGGCGGCGGCCCACAGCGUGCGCCUGGCGCGGGGUGACCUGUGCGCCCUGGCCGAGCGCCUGGACAUCGUGGCCGGCUGCCACCUGCUGCCCGACAUCCGCAGUGUCCCCGGGGCGGAGCGGGAGCCAGACCAGGGUCCCCGUGCCUAGCUGAGAUGCCCCCCCCCCAACGUGACUCUGCACCCUGCGUACCCUCUCCCCCAAAUUGUCGCCUUUAAAGCUCACCUGGCUCUCUG